AGUAUCGCAGACGACGCUGUUCUGUUCACACGCCACGGCAAACGUUGCUGCUGCGCCGCUGCGUUCCGGGCUGUUACAGUUACAAUACGUAUCAAAGUAUCGACGUCAAAGCGCGGCGUGUGCGUGUGAUAAUACAAAUUGUAUACAUACAUAUAUACACAGAUAUAUUUUGUAAAAAAAUAUAUAGAGAAUAUAAAAAUUUCAUAUUUUGGCACGCGUGGCAAUCGAAUAAUAAAACCAAUAGCAACAAAUUGGAGUUAAACAAAUAAAUAGGCACAAGUCCGCGCCGCGUCUUGCUGUCUAUGCGUGCGUGCGUGUGUGUGUGUGUGUGUGGGAGCGUGCGUGCGUACGUCUGUGUGUGUGUGUAUGUACGUGUACGUCGCGCCUUGUUUCUGUGUAGUAGUGCGAGCAAAAAGCGCUGAUUAAAAGCUUAAAUUGGCUUAAACAAAGCGUACAAUCAACAAGAAAUAAACAACAAGCUGAACCAUCAACAAGCAACAACAACAACAACACCAAAUAAUAAAUAAAAAUAUACAAAAAACAAAACCGGCGCAAAGACGCUUCAACAACCAAAAAACAACAGCAACUACAACAAAUAAUAAAUAAAAAUACAAUUAUUUUGCUGAUAUUGCAAGCAGCUCAGCAGAAAGAUUUUAUUUAGUGUAUAUAUCGAAACGUUAAUUGCUAUUGAUCGGACGUAAAACCACAAAAGCUCCAAUGAAAUGUAGACCGGCGGGACCAAAUAAAUCGCAAAAAUUUCUGCAACCGCGAAUGUCACUCCUAGGGAAGCCGCUGAACUACAAUCGCGGCACACAUCGCCGCGAUGCGCGCUACCGGCGGAUGCAAAGUCGCCUCUACAAUUUUCUGGAGAGACCGCGCGGCCUGCAUGCCAUAUUCUAUCAUGUGAUGGUAUUUCUGAUGGUGUUUACAUGUCUCGCAUUGAGCGUGUUUUCCACCAUCAAGGAAUAUGAGGAGGAUGCUGUAUAUAUAUUAUUUCGCAUGGAGAUCAUAGUUGUCAUCUGGUUUACCAUGGAGUUUGGAGCGCGACUUUGGUCGUCCGGCUGCCGAUCGCGCUAUCAGGGCACGCUGGGACGCCUUAAGUUUAUAAAGCAACCAUUUUGUAUUAUAGAUAUUAUCACCAUUUUAGCCUCAAUUGUAGUAUUAGGCAUGGGCACCUCUGGCCAGGUGUUUGCGACGAGCGCCUUGCGUGGUUUACGAUUCUUUCAGAUACUGCGCAUGGUGCGCAUGGAUCGACGCGGUGGCACCUGGAAGCUGCUCGGUUCGGUUGUAUACGCACAUAGACAGGAGCUCAUCACAACCAUGUAUAUUGGAUUUUUAGGUCUUAUUUUUGCAUCAUUCCUAGUUUAUAUGUGGGAGAAGGACGUCAAUGAAAAGUUUAGCAAUUUCGCCCAGGCGCUGUGGUGGGGCGUGAUAACGUUGUGCACCGUUGGCUAUGGCGAUAUGGUGCCCAUCACUUGGCAGGGCAAAUUGAUUGCCUCGUGCUGUGCCCUACUGGGCAUCUCGUUCUUUGCGCUACCUGCGGGCAUUUUGGGUAGCGGCUUUGCGUUGAAGGUGCAGCAGCAGCAGCGCCAGAAGCACAUGAUACGGCGUCGCCAGCCGGCGGCGACGCUCAUUCAGGCCGUUUGGCGCUGCUAUGCGGCCGAUGAGCAUUCCGUAUCCGUGGCCACCUGGAAGAUACAUCAGGUGGCGCUGCCAAGUCCGCCCGCAUCUUCUGAAAACUGGGAGCGAUUAUUAAAAAACAUAACCGAAUAUAGACGGGCCUCAUCCAGCUUUAAGCACAAUACAUCCUUUGUCGCCCGCUUGCCGACAAUAAGGCGGCACAAGAGCCAGACCAUACAGGCACCCGGUCCGGAUGGUUCCAGUCUGUCCAAGCCGCCCGGCUCCUCGCGUGCCUCUACCAGGUACACGCGCACCAUACGCGAUAUCAACGCAUCUGUGGAGAAUCUCGAGGUAGUACAAAAUGGCAAAUCCAUGAAUCCAAGUUUUAGCGAAGAUUCAGUUGCUGAAACAACUUGCUUAAAAAAUAUAAAAAAUUCAGACGCCAAGACCACGACCACGACCACGCCCACGCCCACGCCCAAGCCCGCACAGCUGGAAAAUUGCAUACGCAGCGCCAGUCUGGGCAAUCUAGAGUCCAGCGCGGAGCCAUCCAAGGCCGUUGCGGCCAGCUCCAAUAUGCUAACCAUACCCGUUGUCCUUUGCGGCUUUCUGCACGGCGAUUUCUUUGGCUCCACAUUUUCGUUGCGCAAUCCGCGCAUCACGCCCACACAGGACCUGGAGGCGGGCCACAUGAGCGCCGAGCCGUCGAAAACCAGCUUGAACGACACUCAGCAUGCCAACAAUCCGGCCAGUGCCAGCCCCAGCACAAGUCGCGGUCGUACGGGUCGUUUCUUUGCGGCCGCAUCGCAUAUUCUGGCGCCGGGCAGCGAGCGGGCAUUCAAUGUGGCAACAAGCAACCAAAACCUAACGCACAAGUCAAUCUCUCUGAUUCAUAAAUUGCCCCCAGAUGAGGAUGAGGAGCCGCGCUGCACGCAGCUAACAAAUCGGCACAAGAUCGCCAUACGAUUCAUACGCAAGCUCAAGUAUUUUGUGGCGCGGCGCAAGUUUAAGGAAGCCUUGAAACCGUACGACGUCAAGGACGUUAUGGAACAGUAUGCGGCGGGUCAUGUGGAUCUAUUGGGUCGCGUCAAAAUGCUGCAUUUGCGUCUGGAUCAGAUCCUGGGCAAACAAGGCUCCAAGGCCAAGGAUGUCUAUGCUUCAAAAAUCAGCUUAGCCUCGCGUGUGGUCAAAGUCGAGCGACAGGUCGUGGACAUUGAGGAGAAACUCGAUAUAUUGAUCAAGGCCUAUAUGGAGGAUCGUGAUAGAUUCUUAGCGCUUCCGUUGCCAGCCAAUCCCAAACCCAAAAUACAUUCCAUUAGCCCUAGUCACAGUCACAGCUUGUCACAUCACACACACAAUCAGAACAUGAUCGAUGUAUGGAAGCGAACGGCAACGCUGAGCGUACAUCCCGAGCUGGUGACGACGCCGACUGGCAGUUCGGAUGCCUCCGCUCUCGAUCAUCUCGAUGGCAAUGAGACGGCGCUCACCUCCACACAGACGCUGACAACCACUACAGAUGCAAUUGCCACACAAACACCCAUGCCGCAUACACAGCAUACAGCGACCAAUACAAAGUCUUCCGUGCUUAACUCAUAUCAGCUACCGCCUGAGCAGCAACAGCACAAUGAUGUAUUUAUGACUGAUUUAGAGAAUAGAACUAAAAAACGCGUUACUUUAAGCCUGCAUAGAUCCACAUCGGAGCCAUAUAGCAAACACGAGCAGCGCAUCAAUAUGCCAGAUGAGGGCGCACAAUCUUUGGAUUCCAGUGCGAAGCCAACGCCGCCAGAUAGUUCAAUUAUACUCAUUGAUGAGUAUGAGGACUUCGAGGAGGAGGAUCUAAAUUGUGAGGGCGAAAUGGAACAUUUUCCAUCGUGGGAAAUCGAUAGCGACAUUGGCGCCGAUGUCGAUGUCGAUGCGGAUGGUGACUGUGAUGAGUCCACUGAGGACACGGCGCUCCUACAGUGCGCCACGCGCACCGCCAUUGUUAUAACACCCAUUAGCCCAGUAAGCUCAGCACUUAAUCUACAAAGUUUAAAUGACCAAACUACAACGCUUAAUAAAUCAAAUUUGCUUCCGCCAGAUUCUGGCUAGUUAAAAAUGCAAUUGAAAUUAGUCGAUAUGUAAUAUCUAUAUAUAUAUACCCUAUAUAUAUAUAUAUAUAAUAAAUGCUUAUUGUUAAGAUCGUCUGCUGCUCCAAAGGGCAGCGGCGCUGUACCAACUUCUAGAGUAUCAUAACAGGAAUCAAAAGAAAAAGAAAAAAAACCAAAACCAAAAAAAAAAAAAAAAAACAUUUACAUUCACACACAAAUUUAAUUUUAUUUUAUUUAUUCGAUAAAGAAGAACAAAGUUGUAAUGACCAAAACUGCAAAACGCUUUAAUAAAUCAAAUUUGCUGCCGUAAAUGUACAUACAUAAUAUGAUAUAUAUAUAAAUAUAACAAGACUCGCAGAUACCCUGUAAAAUGACAUUUUAGCCACACAUCAGUUUCUUGUUUGUUUUUUUUUUCUUAAUUAGUUUUUAAAAGUUUGUAGAAUUUAUUAUGAGCUUGAGCUGUGUAGGGUAUAGAAAAGCGUCUGCAUACCAAAACAUUUUCAAUAAACUCUAGCUUACUGCGAUAAAAGUGUUCAAAAUGAGAUGAGAGAUGCAAGCGAAAAAGAAGAAUAAGAGAAAUUUAGAUAUACCUAUAUCUGAGAGACCCAAUGAAAAACCGAAAGAAUGCCUGAACAUGGUAUGAAAUAAGAAGUGAAGAAAUCAGGCAUGUAAAUAAUAGUGGAAAGUAGCGACAGAUCGUGAAUGAAAUGCGUGCGAAUGAAUGAGAAAAGAGAAGCGUGAUUGAAGAAUCGAAAAUACAAAGCUAGUUAUCUAAUAUUACAAUAUUGCAUACACGUGCAUGUGUAUGUGUCCAUUUUACUGACAUAAUUUGUGUUCAAAAUUAAGAAACGACACAACUUAAAUCAAUUGAUAAAUCAAAAGUUUAACAACUGCUUUAGCGAAUAAUAAUAACAAAAGAAUAAAGAAAGAAAAAAAAAAAAACAAAGCAA